AAAAAUAACACAAACAAUAACAAAAUCCAAGUUUUCGAAGAAUUUCAUGCAAAAAAUCGAUUUUCAAGGGCAGAAAAUUGCAUGGAAAUGGAUUUAAAUUGCCUAAUAUGCGGCGACGCCCUGAAAUCUCGCCGUCACAACGUUUUCGACACCGUUUCCGAUCAUUCGCGGACUUUUCUGUACGAAUUGGUGCAAAAGGCGCUUGGAUUUGAGCUGGAUCUCGCCUUGUUUGAAAGUGACGAGGACAAAGCCAUCGUUUGUCUCUGCGAAUCGUGCUACGGAAAGAUCAACAAUUACGAUUUGGGUCUGACUUUGUCGGAAAAAGCGCAACGCGAACUCGAAAAAUUGCUCGAAGAGAAAAUCAAGAAGCAAGAAACGAUGGAAUUGAAGUUGGAUGACCCUGAAGAAGACUUUUCGUUGAUAAAAGAUGAAGACGCGAUGGAUGUUUAUCCGGAAAUUGGCGAAUUAACGGGAAUUGCAAGUGUGGGCGGCGAAGAAAUGGAAGAAGAACACUUGAUUGAGUACGAGGAAGAACAAAGUUUCGACGAAGAAGACACUUUUGAUCAAGUUCUGAUACAAGAUUCGGACCAAUCCGAAGGAGAAAUCGUGAAAAAAUUGACACCGAAGCAGCGUGGAAGGAAAUUCACGAGAAAUAUCGAGCAAGGGAGGUUUUAUUGUGACAUUUGUAAUGCGGGAUACACGACGCAAGAGGCCUUGGAUUUGCAUACGGAGCGACAUCGGAAUGUUGGAGUUAACGAGUGUCCUGAAUGUCACAAGAAAUUCGCGCAAAAAAGUGCGUUAACGCGUCACAUGCCAAUGCAUACGGGAGAAAAGCCGUAUCAGUGCACGCAAUGUGGCAAGAGAUUCAUUCAUUAUUCGUCCUUUAAUAUGCAUAUGUUGAUACAUGAUGACGUGCGGUUAAAAAAGUGCAAAAUUUGUGGAUUAGCUUUGAGGUCUACAUCGCAUUUAAGUCGACAUAUGAGAGUUCACACAGGUGAAAAACCCUACGCCUGCCCAACCUGCGGUCAAAAAUUCGCACAACGUUACAACAUGAACGCGCACAUGAAAAGUCAUCAAGGAAUCAAGAGAAUGCCCGCAAAACCCACAGAAUGUCCAUUAUGUGAUGCCGUAUUCCGUGUCAAGGGCAAACUGAAAGAUCACAUACGAGAAGUGCACGGAGAAACAGUUGCAAUUGUCGAACCAUCCAGUAUUGAAACGGAAAAUGGCGAAGGUUGGGUCAUCAUAAAAGAUGAUUUGCCGAAAAAAUUAACAGACGGUGUGCAAGUCGAAGGAGUUGCGCUGCUACAAAAUUAUCAAUUAGAAAAUCUUGAAUAAAUCGUGGCUUAAAAAAUUAUUUUUUUUAAUUUGAAAUUUCCUUACAAAGAGCCACAAAAACUAAUUUUAAAAAAAUUAAAUUUUCAUUCAAGAAAAUCGGAAAAAUUUUCAGAGCAUUCUUAGUUGUAUUUUUAACAAUUUCGUCCAUAAUAAUUUUUAUUAAUUUAAAAUUGUUUUUGAAUUUUAU